AUGGAUUCGGGGAGAGCUGAUGUCAGCAUGGGGUUUGUGGAGGCGGAGGAUUUCGGGCAGCACGUGGACUUGACGCAGCGGAUUCGCGAAGUGCUCGCGAAUUACCCCGAGGGUACCACGAUUCUCAAGGAGCUGAUUCAGAACGCCGACGACGCUGGCGCUUCCAAGGUGUCCUUCUGUCUGGACCAUCGCACUCACGGCACGGCGUCGCUCGCCUCCACGCCUCUCGCCCAGUUCCAGGGCGCUGCGCUGCUCGUGCACAACGACGCUGUUUUUUCGGAUGAGGAUUUUGCAAGCAUCUCACGGGUGGGAGACAGCGGCAAGCGCAAGCAGUCCUGGAAGACGGGCCGAUUCGGCAUCGGAUUCAACUCAGUCUAUCAUCUCACGGACCUCCCCUCUUUUGUCAGCCGUCAGUUCGUCACUUUCUUCGACCCGCACUGCGCCUACCUGCCCCGUGUCUCCGCAGCCAAUCCGGGCAAGAGAAUAGAUUUUGUCGCUGCCCGAGCGGCGAUGGCAGCGCAGCGGGACCAGUUCUCCCCGUACUGUGCAUUCGGGUGCGACAUGCAGAAGCCGUUUGCGGGGACGCUGUUCCGGUUUCCGCUGCGGACGGAGGAGCAGGCGGGGAAGAGCAAGCUGUCACGGCAGGCGUACAAUGCAGCUGACAUGGCGGCUCUGUUGAGGGAGUUUGAGGCUGAAGCAGUCUCCUCUUUGCUCUUCCUCAAGCACGUGGAGCGAGUGGACGUGUUGGAGUGGCAUCAGGGCGCCACCGCCCCCGCACCUCUCUUCUCCUGCCGCAUCUCCUCCCCCGACUCCCCCCUCCGCUUCCACCGUCAAGCCUUCUCCCGCCUCGCGCGCCCUGCUGCUGCUUCUGGUGCUACUGCUGGUGCUGCAGCGCCUGGAGCGUCAGGGGCUGGAGGGGGGGCAGGGUCAGGGGUGAUUUUCAGUGAGAAGGACAGCACGGAUUUUUAUGAGAUUGGGUUCGUUUGCGAGUCGUUUUCCCCGGGAAGUGCCCCUGAAACUGCUGGAGGGACUAAGGAGGCGGCUGGGGUGGGUGAGAAGGGGGGAGGGAGGAGGGAGGAGCGGUACUUUGUGUCUCAGAGGAUGGGAGGGGCGUUGGGUGCGGUGGGGCGCAUGGCAAGGCGAGCAGCGGAGGAGUAUGAUAUUCACCUGGUGCCGUGGGCGUCUGUGGCUGCUAGAGUGGGCUGUGAAGGAGACACACCAGACGCACCGGACGCCUCUUUCCAGGGCCGGGCCUUCUGCUUCCUGCCUCUCCCAGUGCGCCCCAACCUCCCAGUGCACAUCAACGGCUACUUUGAGCUCUCCUCCAAUCGCCGAGAUAUUUGGUUCGGCGAGGAUAUGGACAGAGCAGGCCGCCUUCGCUCCCAGUGGAACGCCGCCCUGCUGCAGCUCGUUGCCGCCCCGGCGUACCUCGAUCUGAUUCUCGAAGCCGCCCAGCGAAUCGGGCCGCGAGCGGAGUAUUUUGGACUGUUUCCCGCGGGCCCCACCUCGGAGCCCUGGCUUGGGAUGGUCGGGCAGCUGUACAAAAGUUUCGCAAAGCUGCCCGUUUUGUAUUCCAGAGGCCCUCAGGAGUUGCUAGCUGGGGUUGGGGCAGGUGGAGCUGGUGCUGUUACUGGUUUGACUGGUCCUGCUGCCGGUGCUGCUGCUGCGGGUGGUGGUGCUGGUGGUAUUGCUGGUUUAAUGGUGAGGGUGGGAGGAGGAUCAAAGGGCGAAGCAGCUUAUAAAGGGGACGGAAGCUGGGUGUCUCCUGCCACUGCUGUGUUCAGCGAUGAGGAAUUCCGCGAUCCAGAUGGCUUGGAGCUAGCUCUGGUUCGGGAGGGCCUGCCGAUCGUCCGCGUCUCGCCGAACCUCCGGGAGAUGCUCUUCCGGUGGUCCGUUUCCGAGCCUAGAAUCACCAUUCCUAGCGUGGUUCGGGCAAGGUUGAAAACGCCAGGUGUCCACAGGGGAUUGGAGAACAGAGAGGACGCGUUACUGCUGUUAGAGUAUUGUUUAGGGGAUGUGGUAGAUGAUGAAGCUGCAGAGGAGCUGGAUGGGCUUUUGCUGGUUCCUCUGGCGAAUCAGAGCCUGGGGAGGUUUGAGAGAGUGGGGGUAGUUGGGAGAGAAAUAGUUGUAGCUGCGUGGGAGAGAGGAGGGGAGGGGGAGAGAGGAGGAGGAGGAGGAGGAGGAGGAGGAGGAGGAGGAGGAGGAGGAGGAGGAGGAGGAGGAGGAGGAGGUGGAGGAGGAGGAGGAGAGGGAGGGGAGAGGUGGAAGGGGAGGAGGAGUGUGGAGUAUGAGUUACUAAAGGACAGGGCGGGAGGGAGAGUAGCGGACCUAAUGGGUGUGAGGGAGGAUGUGUAUGAGCGUCUGAGGAACAUCGCACUCUCUCCCUCUGCAGGCAAUCUCUCCCCACUCACUCCCUCACUCCUCCUUCGCCUGCUCCAGUCCCUGCUUCCCCCCGACUGGUUCGGACAGGACGAGGUUCCCUGGUUCGGCAGCGUCUCCGAACCUGCUGGUUCGGGGAAGUGCGCACUUUCAGCGGCUGUGGCGCCGCCGUCUGUCCGAUGGUUCGGGCUUCUUUGGCAGUAUCUGGCUGCCAGCUGUAAGGAUUUGACCGUGUUUUCCGGUUGGCCGCUGCUGCCGACGAAACAGAAGACACUGUGUGCGCUGGAGAAGGGACGGUCUAGGGUGAUUUUGGUUGAGGAGGAGGAGGGGGUGGAGGGGGUGGAGGGGGAGGGGAAGGAGAGAAAGGACGAGGGCGAGGGGAAGGAACGGGUUUUGUCGGCAGGUGGCGGUUUUCAUGCAAUUUCGGGGUUGCUGGUGAGGCUGGGCUGCCGUAUUCUCUGGAGGAAACUCCCUUCUGGUGUGGCGGAGGUGGGGCAUGUGGGGGAGGGUGGGGAUGUGCAGGGGGAAGCUGUGAAUGGGGAGGCUCUGCAGGUGGCGCAUCCGCAUCUGCACGAGUUUGUGCGGCCAGCCACAGGGGCAGGUGUGUUGGACGCUCUGCAGUCAGCAGCAGACUGGCAUGGAGUGCCCUUUGCCAUGCUCUUCCAGAUGGCUGAGACCGCUCUUGAUAAAGGUUCUCCUUCUGCUGCUGCUCCUCCUGGUGCUGCUGGUGCCCGUGGUGGUGGUGCUGCUGGUGUGGCUGCCCCAGCUGGUAGGACAGCUUCGGGUGGCUUGCUGUCCGAGGCUGCAGUCGAGGCUCGGCGGCAGCUUCGGGAGUUCCUGUGCUCGCCGCAGUGGUACGCUGGGAAUGCAAUGACGGAGGCUCGGCGCGUGCGGAUCUUCAAGUCUCUGCCCAUCUUCGAGGUCUACAGCAACCACCCUUCCACCCCCCCCACCAGUAGCAGCAACAGCAACAGCACCAACACCACAACUACCAGCACCAUCAGCAGCAGUAGCAGUGGAAGCACCACGGGCACCAACCCGACCGCCAUCCAUGCCUCCCUCCCUCUCUUUGUCGACCUGUCAUCCCCAUCCAUUCAGCGCUAUCUGGCACCCUCAGGGGUGGAACCAGCCCUGCUAGGCGAGUCCUUCCUUUGCCCCUCAGACGACCGCGAGGCUGCAGUGCUCUCCCGCGCCCUCGCCAUCCCCACGCUCCCCCGCCCGGCGUUUUUCAAGAUGCAGGUGCUCGCUAGGGUCCAAACGCUGCCGCCCGGGCUGCGAAACAGGACGAUGCUUGCCGUGCUGCAGGAGCUGCCGCAGCUGUGCACUGCGGAUCCGGGGUUGCGGGAUGUGGUGGCGAAUCUGGCGUUUGUGCCAGCGUGGGAUGGGAAAGGGGAUGGGCGACAGCAGCACAAGGUGCAGCAGCAGGAGGAGGUGGAGGGAGGGGAAGUAGCAGGCGCAUCAGCAGUAGGAGCAGCAGGAGGGCCAGGUGCGGCAGGUGCACCUGAGAUGGAUUCAGAUGUAGGAAAUGAGACGCUUUGCCGCCCAGUGGAUCUCUAUGAUUCUCGCAACCCCGAGCUCUGCCACCUGCUUCAAGGAAUGGCUGGCAACUGGUUCCCCGCCGCCCCGUUUUCGUCCUCUUCUGCCCUUGAGAUGCUACUCAGCGUGGGGCUCCGCAGUGCGGUUACCACCGAAACCAUUCUCAGCUGUGCUCGCGCUGUGGAGAGCAUUGCCGCUACAGAUGCGGCUGUAGCGCGGGUGCGCGGACGGGUUCUUUUGUCCUAUCUGGACGUGAACGCGGCAAGAUGGGUGCCUGUGGCGCAGGGGGGAAGCGCAGGGGCAGGGGGGGUAGGGGGGAGAAGAGGCAUGGGGGGCGGAGGCGGGGGAGGGGGAGGAGGGGGAGGGGCAGGAGGGGGUAUGUUUGCACGUGUAUCGAGCCUGUUCCAGAGCAGUGAAGCAGCGGAGGAGGCUCAGCGCGCAGCAGCUGAAAUGGCCUCGUUUUGGAACGAGCUGACCUCGAUCUCCUGGUGCCCUGUGCUCGUUCCCUCCCCUGCCCCGCCCUUCCUGCCUUGGCCAAGGGGAGGGGAGGCAAAUGCAAGUAGCGAGGAAGAAAACGUAUCAGGCGGGACAGGAGGUAAAGGGAGGGGAAGAGAGAGGGCAGACGAGUCUCGGCCUAGCCCCGUCGCUCCUCCUCGCAUCGUCCGCCCACAGAUCGACACCUGGCUUGCGUCAGCCAGCCUCCGGAUCCUGGACGGCGAGUGCCGCUCCACGCUGAUGUGGCACCAGCUAGGAUGGGCGCGGCCGCUGACGGGGAGUGUGCUGGCGGCGCAGCUGCUGGAGCUGGGGCGCGUGUGUGGCGCGGAGGUGGCGGAUAGGGGCGCGGGGAAGGCCCUGGCGGGGGCAGUGCCGAGGAUAUACACGAUGCUGUCGGACAUGCUGGGGCAGGAGGAGAUGGAGGUGGUCAAGGCGAUUCUUGAGGUGAGUGCUUCGCAGGGCAAGGUUUCCAGGAGGUGGGUGGGUCUGUCAGAGUACGGGCCGAUCUCCAUGGUGCUGCUCGUUAGAUAUGCUGGGGCAGGAGGAGAUGAAGGUGCGCAGGAGGAGGAGAUGAAGGUGGUGAGAGCCUUCUGUAGGUGGGUGUGGGUGGGAGACGGUUUCUGCUCGACCACAGAGUGCGCCUUCUCCGGUCCCAUCCACCUCGCCCCCUACCUGCGCAUCAUCCCCGCCGACCUUGCCGCCUUCCGAGACCUCCUGCUCGCCCUGGGGGUCCGCGAGUGCCUCUCGGGGAAUGAGUACGCCGCUGUGCUUGCGAGCAUCGCUAAAGACGCGCAAGGCCGCCCGCUCGCGCCGCGCCAGCUGGCGGCUGCUGUCUGGCUGGUGCAGCAUCUGGCGGAUCUGCAGUUUGAUUCCGGGGCGGCGGGCGGGGGAGGCGGGGUAGGAGCGGGCGGAGUGGGGGGUGGGGGAGGGGGAGGAGAAGGAGUGGGGGUUGUUGCGAGGGGAGGAGGGGGAGGGAGAGGAGGAGGCAUGGUGUAUGUGCCAGACGCACAGGGAAUUCUAGUGCAUGCCUGUGAGCUUGUGUAUAACGAUGCUCCCUGGUUACCCCAGUUCAUGCGCUCGACUCCCCACUCUCCUCCCUCCUCUCCUUCCGCCGCUCCUUCCGACGCUCCCUCCCCUCCCACUUCCACUCCCUCCUCUCACCAUGCCUCUGCGGCAAACCCAGGCUUCCCAAGCAGCCACGCAGGCUCGGCGGCACCGCCCGAACCUACCCUCCAGGUUCGGUUCGUCCACGCCAAGAUCUCCAACGACGUGGCAGACAGGCUCGGCGUCCGAUCCUUGCGUCGCCAGCUUCUAUUGGACAGCGGAGCAGCAUCCAUGGCUCUCUCCCUCCACGCCUCUGCCUCCUCCCUCUUCUCCCCCACAUCCCUAGCUGCUUCUACCGGGGCUGCUUCUAACGGGGAUGGGGUGGAGGCGUUCGGGCAGCACGAGGCUCUGACUACUCGUUUGAAGCACAUUGUGGAGAUGUAUCCAGAGGGGCCGGGGGUGCUCUGUGAGUUGGUGCAAAAUGCGGAUGACGCCGGCGCGAGGGAAGCGGCGUUUCUUCUGGAUCACUCCCGAUUCGGCGCUUCUUCAGUGCUCAGCCCACGAAUGGCUGACUGGCAGGGGCCGUCUCUGUAUGCUUACAACGAUGCUGUGUUCUCGGAUCGCGAUUUGAUUGCGAUCUCGCGCAUCGGGCAGGAUAGCAAGCUGGAGAAGCCGAGUGCUAUUGGUCGGUUCGGGCUCGGUUUCAACUCAGUCUACCAUUUCACCGACGUCCCGGGGUUUGUUUCCGGGCAGAAUCUGGUGAUUUUUGACCCGCACGCAUCGAACCUGCCCGGAAUCACGCCCUCCCACCCGGGCCUGAAGAUCAGCUUCGUCGGCCGCGGCCUCCCGGACCAGUUCCCGGACCAGUUCCGCCCGUUCCUCCUGUUCGGGUGCGACCUGCAGUCCCCGUACCACGGCACUCUGUUCCGUUUUCCGCUUCGGUCCGAAGCUGCGGCGAGUCGGAGCGAGAUCAAGCACGAGCCGUGCUCUCCAGAGGACAUCCGGCAUCUGUUUAAAUCCUUCCAGCGCUCGGCGACAGAAGCGCUGCUGUUUCUGAGAAACGUGGGACGGAUUUCGGUUUUCGAGAGGAUAGAUGCCGGGAGUGAGCCGAAGCUGCUGUUUUGUGCACAGAGAGUAGUUGCUGGUGAGGGGGGGGCGUCAGGAAUGCCUUUUGUUUCAGCACUUCCGUCGCCAGGAAUGGGUCUGAGGGCCCUGGGGGAUUCGGCUGAUGGGGGCAGUUUGCAGCGAGCUAUUUUCGAUUUUGUUCGGGGCAGCCCGCAAAAUCCUCUGAAUAAGGACCAGUUUUACCACAAGCUGCAGCGGGCAGCUGAAGGGCAGCUGCCGAGGCAAUGCGGGCGGAUCUCGAUUUUAGUGACUGAUGGGACGGGACACGUGGCGGCUUCUGAUUGGCUCGUGUCGAAUGCGCUGGGCGGGGGGCGGGCGAGGGAGUGGGCUGUUGCAGUGGAGAACCGUCCGAGAGGGUUCUUGCCAUGGGCCGGCGUUGCUUGUCUUAUUCAGUGGGAAGAGGAGGGGAACACCGCGCUGUUGAAUCUGAUGGGAGUGGGGGAAGAAUCAGAGGAAAGCAGAGAAGGGAAAGAGGAGGGUGGUAACCCACAAGAAGAGAAGCGCGGAUCAGGUGGGCUAGGAGGCAGCUCCGAGGAUACAGGUAAGGAAAGAACGAGGCUGCAAGGAAGGGCCUUUUGCUUCCUGCCCCUGCCCGUGAAAACGAACCUCCCGGUGCACGUCAACGGCUACUUUGAGCUCUCCUCCAAUCGCCGAGACAUCUGGUUCGGCGACGACCUGGCAGGUGCGGGCAAGGUUCGGUCCGAGUGGAACCGGCGGCUCCUGGAGGACGUGGCAGCUCCGGCGUACGCUCGGAUGCUUGCCGAAGCUACCAAGCAGCUUGGGCACGGGCCUGCGUACCAUGCUCUCUGGCCUGGGGCAGGCGCAGGCUCGGGGUUGCGUUCGGGCGUGGAUUCUGGCUCGGGUGCGGCUCGGAGGCAGGUUCGGGGAGAGCUGGUGGAGCCUUGGGAAUCGCUGGCGAAUCGGGUGUAUGUGUGUGUGACUGAGCUCGAUCUGGGUGUUAUCUGGACAGGGGCAGCUGGGGGGAGGUGGAUUUCUCCAAAACGGGCAGUUUUUGCAGACACAGGCUACCCAAAAAUGGAAGAUCUCACAAAUAUUCUGGUCCGCGCAGGCCUUCCUUUGGCAGAUGCUCCGUACCCAGUGGUGGAAAGAUUUCGCUCGGCCUGCCCGCAGCUCAGGUUCCUGACUCCAGCGCUCCUCAGAAAGACUCUGAUUGGCUCGGGCAGGCAGAUUCUUUCGAGCUGCCCGGACGUGGGCCUGGCACUGAACUACUGCCUGAGUGACGUGGACGUGGAAGAAGCUGCUGAGAAGCUUCCAGGCCUCCCACUCAUUCCUCUGGCCAAUGGUACUGUAGGCGCGUUUUCCAGGAUUGACAGUGGCAGCAGCAGCAGCGGCGGCAGCAGGAGGGGUGGGUUGAUGAGUGGUGGUGUGAUGGGUGGGCGUUGGAGCGCUGGGAUGAUGAAACAGUGGGACUCACGAGCCAAGGCCACAGCCAGCAGCAGCAGGGGGGCCUUUGGAACAGCAGGCAGUGGCAGCAGCGGGGGUGCCGGCAGCUUUGGGGGAGGAGGGGCGGUGAGGCUGAUAGUGACUCGGAAUGAGGCGGAGUUUUCGCUGCUGCUGCCCAGUGCCGCCCACCUACUGGUGCACCGACAGCUGGCAGCAGAGCAGGGCGAGGCGUGGGGGAAGCUGCAGGCCAUGGCCGGGUGGUGGGAGGAGGGCGAGGGGGACAGGGAGGGGGGUGGUGCGGGGGGAAAUGCAGGUGGGGCUGGUGCUGAAGGGGGCAUGGACGUUGGAGAGGUGCUAGGGUUUCUGAACGAGACUCAGCAGCAGCAGCAGCAGCAGAGGCGUAGGGAAAGGGCGAAUGCAGGGGUGAAUCUGGCGGUGGUGUCUGUGCCUGUGCUGGCUGAGCUCAUGCCUCUGCUGCUGCCAGAGUCCUGGCGCGGUCAGGCGUUUGUUGCAUGGCGUGGUGGUGCGGGCGAGGGGGAGAGAUGGAGAGGGUCAAGGGGAGAGGGAGAAGGAGAGGGGGAGGGGGAGGGGGAGGGAGAGGGAGAGGGAGCAGGUGGGUUGCUGAUUCAGGCAGACAUGAGCGCUGCAGCAGCAGCAGGGGGAGCAGCAGGAGGAGGAGGAGGAGCAGCAGCAGCAGCAGCAGGAGGAGGAGCAGCAGCAGCAGCAGCAGGAGGAGGAGGAGGAGGAGCACGAGGAUUCGGUCCUGAAGUGGAAGGGAUUGAGUUCUUGGAGUCCGAGGGACCGUCCCUGGAGUGGAUUCAGCAGUUCUGGAGCUACCUCUCCUCCUCCGCCUCCGCCUCUCCCACUACCACCGAUUCCCACAUCCCCACCACCGCCAUCACCACCUCCUCCUCGUCCUCCUCUCCCUCUCUUCCCUCUCCACCUCAUGCCAGCCUGUCGCUCAUCGCUGAUUGGCCACUCGUCCCAACCACCAAUGGGCAGCUGCGGCAGUUGCAGGCAGGGGGCCCGCUGCUGCGACCGGGGGGAGGGGACGGGUGGAGUGAGAACAUGCUGUGUGUCUUUGCACGCGUGGGCGUGUAUGUGGUGCGCAGCGAUGUGAAUCUGGAUCACCCGGGCUUGAGGGAGUAUCUUCACGAGGCCUCGGCUGCUGGGAUUCUCGACGCCAUUGCUGCUGCCGCCGCGAACCAUGCUGCUGCUGCUGCGGCUUCUGCCGCCGCCUCUUCUGCUGCUGCAGCGAAUAGACGAGCAGUGGGAGUAGGCCUGGCAUCGUCAGAUGUUAGAAGAGCAGGAGCAGGAGGAGGAGCAAGAGUAGGGGCGAGAGCAGGAGCAGGUUCAUAUGGGGUAGGUCUAGCUGUGUCAGUUGACCUUGCUGAGUCAGCAGCAGCCAACCCGUCAGCAGCCUCUGUUGCUGCAGCAGCAGCACUAGUGCCGCAUCUAGAUGCGCUCCUCUCGCUCUUCCAGGGAGCAACGGACGGGGAGAGGAGAGAGCUGCGCAGCAUCUUGUGCCAGUCCAAGUGGUUCCCCCCGACAGAUGGCCCUUCCGACUCAUCUGCUGCUGCUGCUGCUGGUACGGUUGUUGCACAUGCCUUUGGCCUGUCCAGAGGUCUCAAGCAUGUUUCAGAACCUGCCCCGUCGCAUCCAGGUGGCGUUCUCUCAGAGCGCCACAUCAGCAUGCUGCGAGCUCUGCCGAUCUUCGAGUCUUACGGCACCUGGUCGGCCCCUGAAACCCGGUCAGAUGCAGAUAAGAAACAGCAAGGGGGUGGUGCUGGCCUCUCCGCUGGCCCCUCCGCUGGCCUCUCCACUGGUCUCUCCGCUGGGCGUGUGUUUGUGGAUCUGCUCACAGCUCCCCGCUUCUUCGCCCCGCCAUCCAUCGACGAGUCGCUUCUCGACGCCUCAUUCGUCCGCGUCGACUCCGACAAGGACCACCGAAUCCUGCGCUGCCACCUGGCGGUCUCCCCGAUCUCCCGCACUGCGUUCUACCUCAACCACCUCUUUCCUCGCAUCCGUGCCGCUGCUGCCGCCGCCGCCACCACUGCUACUGCUGCUGCUGCUGCCACUGCCACUCCUGCUGCUGCUGGCGGUGGUGCCGCCGCCGCAGCAGCAAAGGCAACAGCAGCUGCAGCGGCAGCAAGGGGAGGGGUGAAGGGAUCAGCGGUGGUGCCGUUGAGUGGAGAGGCGGGGGUGGCAGCGAUGGUGGCAGUGGUGAGGGACCUGCCGCGGCUGGCAGAGGAGGACGAGCGGAUAGUGAAGGAGCUCAGCAGGCUGCCGUUCCUGCCCACUCCCUCCAGCCUGCUCAAGGCGCCCUGCAGUCUCUACGACCCGCGGGUCGCUGAUCUCACAUCUCUCCUCCACGCUUCUCUCUUCUUCCCAGCACCGCCCUUCUCCUCCCCCGCCCUCCUCCCCACACUCCUCUCCCUCGGCCUCCGCACCACCAUCGACCGCCGCGCACUGCUCGCCUCUGCCCGGUCUAUCCAAGAGGCUUGCCGAGCAGGGGGCGAGGGACAGGGUGCAGCAGCAAGGCAGGGUGUGGCAGUAGGAAGGGGUGGUUCUGAUUUUGAUUGGUCAGCUAGUCAUCGCGGUGAGAUCUUGGCUCGAGCGCGUGCCUUGCUGGCACAUCUGGAUGCCCGCCAGGUGGCGGAAGAUCAGUGGAGGAGCCUUGGCGGAGGGAGGGCAGGGGCCGAGGAGGAGCAGGAGGGUCAGGAUGGGCUGGGAAGGAGGAGUGGUAGUGGUGGUGGUGGUGGGUUUGAUGAUGGGUUUCUGGAAGGUGGUGGUGAUUGGUCGAGAUUGGGUGCGCUGGGUGGCUUUGCCGCCCAGGGAUUCAGUGGAGAGGAUGGGUAUGCGGCUGUGGUGGGGAGGCAUAGGGGGAGCGAGGCAGAGUGGGGUGUGGGUGCUGGUGGUAGCAUUGCUACUAGUACUGCCGGCAGCAGCAGCACCAGCAGCAGUGGCGGUGGUGGCAGGAGCAGUAGCAGCAGUGGCGGCCGCAUUGGUGAAGUUGUGGAGGAGGAUAUUCCCGAGGAUGCUUUUUGGGAGGAGCUGAAGGGGAUCUCGUGGUGUCCUGUGCUGCAGAGACCACCGGAUUCCGCCCUUGCUACUCCCGGCAGUGGCGGCGGUGGUGUUGUGGACGACGUGUGGGUGGUGGGCGGCAGCAUGUGCAUUCUGGGCGGCGAGGUGCGGUCGGACAGCCUGGCGCGCAAGCUGGGGUGGCGGGACCCCCCGCCUGUGGAGGCUCUGGUGUCUCAGUUGCUUGCUCUGGCUGCUUUGCAUGGGUGUGCUGUGGCUGAGAGGAGGGGGCGGGAGGAGAGAGGGGAUAGGAGCGGGGAGAGGAGGAGGGAGAAGCGAGGGCACAUGGGCUCUCCGUCCUUUUCUGCCGCCCGGACGUCCUUCCAAUCAGUGGCCUGCAUUUGGGUCGGCGACACAUUCAUCGCACCUUCCUCCCUCGCCUUUGACUCGCCCGCCCACUUCCACCCCUACCUCCAUGUCGUGCCGACAGAAGCCGCCCGCUUCCGCACCCUGCUGACGUCGCUAGGCGUCAGAGAGACAUUCAAGGUGGGGGAUUACGCCCAGGCGCUAGCCCACCUGAAAAGAGACCUGGAGUGGCGAGACCUGAGGCUUGGGGGAGGCUCGGGAGAGGUUCGGGGAGCUGGAGGAGCAAGAGGAGGUUCGGGGGGAGGGGGAGCAGGAGGAGGGGAAGGAGGGGGAGGCAGAUCUGGGGCUUUAUCUCCAGACCAGUUCUCGUUUGUGUUGAGGGUUUUGGAGGCUAUAGUGGAUGCCCUACCGCCAAGUGGCGAGCCGCCAUUGGCCGGCACGGUCCUGGUACCUGAGGCUUCAGGAGGGCUGGUGGCGGCUCGGGAGCUGAUUUUCAACGAUGCUGCGUGGCUCGGUAAAGCAACGGUGGACGGGCGGAGUCGCUUUGUGCAUCCCGACGUGCCCCACGCCAUAGCGGAGCGCCUUGGCUCGCGCUCCCUGCGAGGGCUGUCGCUGGACGGCCCCUCUGCUGCCACCUCGCUGCCUUGCCUCCCAGCGGUGGUGAUAUCGGAGCUGCUAGAAGGCUGGGCAGCGGACGCGCACCUCCUCCUCUUUGAUCUGCUGGAGGUGGCGGAUGCAUGUGGUGCCCGGGGAGUGGAGUUUGUGUGGGACCAGCGGCACCACCCGGAGAUCUCCCUUCUGCAACCCAACCUGGGUCAACUCCAGAGUGGUGCCCCUCACUCACCGUUCCCUUCCACGGAGCUCAGCUCACAUCAGAACACAUCUCCCACCCGUACAUGCACGCCUCUCCUCGCCCACUCUUCCAUUCCCUGCUCUCUUGCUCCGUCCCCUUCCAUUCCCCCUCACCCACAUCUGCAGGGUCCUUCUUUCACCAUCCUUUUCCACGGAGCCCAGCUCACCUCAGAGGACAUUUGCCAUCUGCACACGCCUCCCCCCAUCCGUCUCCGCGACGCCACGUGUCGCUACGGCACUGGUCUGCUGGGCGCAUACCACCUCUCCGACCUCCCCCUCAUAGUCUCAGGAAGCUUCCUCUACGCCUUCGACCCCUCGGGUCAUCAUCUUUUCUCUGGUUCGGCUGGUGGUGCUGCUGGUGCUGGUGGUAGUAGUGGUGGCUUGUCUGGUGCUCGUGGCUCAUUAGGGUCACCUGGUGGAUCGAGGAGGAGAGGAGGAGGGGGGAACGACAUGGCUGCUCCUGUUGCUCGAGCCUUUUCCCUCAAAGGCUCAGGCUCCUCAAGCUUCAUCAAUCGAUUCCCUGACCAGUUCCGGCCCCUCACCUUCGCCCCUUCCUCCUCCUCCUCCUCUCACUCUUCUCACUCCUCUCACUCCUCUCACUCUUCCCACUCCUCUCACACCUCCACCACCGCCACCUCUUUCUGGGACGAAAACACGGUACUGCGCUUGCCCCUUCGCACGCAGCAGCAGGCAGACUCUAGUCCAAUCAGGAGAGGCCACGUGGCAGGGCCGUGGGAUAUUGUUCUGAUGGCGCAGCUGCUGCAGCAGCACGGGGCGGCGUCGCUUGCCUUUUUAAACUCUGUGGAGACGGUGUCGUUCUCUGUGUGGCCGGCUGACGCUGUCCAACCAGAAGAGUUUUUCCAUGCCCAGGUCCGAGCAGGCAUGGGGUCACUGAGAGCGCCCUUUCAGGACCGCAAGGUGCGGAAGCAAGGCUUCCUCUCCAGCCUCUUCGCCCCGGGAGGUGGGGGCAGCAGUGGCACCAGCAGCAGCAGCAGCGGCGGCAGCCUGAAAGCGUUCACUCUUGACGUUCUCACCAAGUCGCAGUCCCUUGCCCCACUGCUGCCGCUGCUGGGGGGUAGUGGUGGAGGGGAGGGAGGAGAGGGUGUGGAAGGAGAUGAGGGGCUGGGGCGUGGGGAGGGUGGAAGGGAAGGAGAAGGGGAGCAGAGGCUGGAGAAAGGGAAAGGGACAGAGGACGUGGGAGGGGAGAAGGGGACACUGCAGAAGCAGCAGCAGGAAGAGGAAAGGAGGAGUGGAGAGAGGUUGGGGAAGGUUGCGGGCCACGCGGGAGGUGGUGGAAAGAAGGCUGGAGUCUCUGACGUGGCGAUUGAUCGUUGGCUUGUGGUGCAGACGUUUGGAGCUGGGAGUUCCCUGGAUAUGGCAAGAAGCAAGAGGUAUCUCUCCUUCAACCUCUCACCAGUGGCCGGCGCCGCCACCCGAAUCCUCCGGAACGGCGAGAUCAUCCCCUUCGCCACCAUCCACCCCUUUGCCCCACAACCAGAAGCAUUACCACCCCUCUCAACCGUCUCCUCUUCCUCCUCCAACCUCUCCGCCCUCCGCCCGCUCCUCCCGCCCUCGGUUGUUCUCGCGCCGCUGCCCGUGCCUCUCAACCUGCCCUUCCCAGUGGCUCUUUUCGGCCACUUCCUCCUCCUCCGCAACCCCGGAUCCCCUCGCUCCCUCUUCCUCCCUUCCCCCUCUUCCUCUCCCGCGUCCUCCUCCCUCUCCUCCACUCCUUUGCCGCCGUCUGCUGACGUGGCACCGGACGCCACGUCAGCAGCUGCCACGUCACCGAUGGACGCGCUGAUGCAGGCGUGGAACGAGGAGCUGCUGACAGGUGUCCGCGAGGCGUACAUCGGCCUCCUGCUGGAGAUGCAGCGGAUCAGAAUCGGCGAAUCACGGCUCGUAUCGGGCAUAUCUGGCCCUGCUUUCCCUGAGAAUGAGCCGAAAAGACAGCCAAUAGCAGCAGCAGGCGCUGCUACAACAGGCGAUGAGGUGGCGCUGCGUGAUUGGAUGGUGCGGCCGAUGUACGUCCGGCUGGCAGAGCUGCCCGUGUGGCAGCUCCACAGUGGAGCAGCCGUGCAAGUCAGCCAAGGAAUGUUCCUCGUCCCGCCCCCGGGAUCUUCAACCACCCUGUCUAUAAGCACCCCUUCGACCAGCACUCCUGCCAGCAGCAGCUUCGUUAUAAGCACAUUAAGCACAUCUGCUAAUAGUGGAGCGCCGCCAGAAGCGGUGUGUGAGUUUCUGCGGGCGCACUACCGCGUGUUCAGCGUGCCGUGGGACCUGGUGGGGGAGCUGCAUGCGGCCGGCGUGGCCACUCAGGCGCUGACACCUGGCAUGCUGCGGUCCCUGCUGCGCGGGCCGAAUGCCACCACGAGCUCUGUCCCCGUGACGACACAGGUCGAUUUGCUGGAGUAUUGCUGUGCCGACAUUCAACUGCCCGACCCGGCCUCUUAUCCCGUGCUGCCACCUGGCAGCUCAUCAUCUGCCAGCCAGGCUGGCAGCGCUGCCACGUCAGCAGCACCACGUGGCGCUGCAGGAGCGUUUAGCAUGAUUCCACUGCCCAGAGAGGGCUAUGGGCAUGGUGGGCAAGGGCAAGGGGAUGGCAUGCGCAGUGAUGCAGAUGCCCUGGCGGAUCUUAUGGCUCAGUUCGGCCGCUCCGUGUUCGAUUUCGGGCAGAAUGUUCUCGACGAGCUUGAUGCUGCCCGGGCAGGUGCGACGGGCAGCGAACAAAUGAACUCGGGAGAAGGAAGGGGAAGAGGGGGAGGAGGGAGAGGAGGAGGUGGGGGAGGAGGGGAGGGAGAGGAGAGGCAUGCACUGACAGAGGAGGAAAGGGAGAGACUUGCAGCAGAGGAAGCUUUCAGGAAGGCAGCAGAAACCAAGGUUGCAGAAAUGAAGGGCGUUCCCAUACCUACUGGUACGGUGUCCGACCCUGCGUUCCGAGCCUUCCAAUCCGAGCCUCAGAGGCACGGUGGGGCCGGCGGGGGUCUGGCUAGGCUCGGGAAAGACCUCCUCAUAGUCGCCACAUGGGACCAGCAGCGGCUGUUGCCGAACCUAGCGCACAGGUUCGUUCACCGAACCUGCCUGGCUCGCCAGCUUCUGAAAGCCCUCUUCCUGCACCCGAGGUUCUGCGAGCUGCUGACGAUGCAGCCAUUCACGUUGCGCCACCUGGCAGACGGGCUGGCUACAGUGUUUUCUCGGCAGCAGAGGGCGGAGGCGGAAGGAGAGAUGCUGAUUGUGUGGGGCGAGGGAGAGGGGGCGGAUGUGUGUGGGGAGGAGGAGGGAGAGCAGGGAGAGAACCAACAGCAGCAGCAGCCACAGCAGCAGCAGCAGCAGCAGCAGGAAGCAAAUCGUCCAGUCACUGCCACCACAGCCAUUGCAAGCAGCAGCAGUCUGCAGGAGAGCACCUCUAGGGACUCGCCCUUGGGCCCUCUCUCUCCUGCCUGGCUCAGGGCCUUCUGGGCUCUGCUGAAACGCUCCUCCCUUUCUACGGCAACUGCUACCCAGGCACUUGGCAGCAGCAUAGGGCAGCAGGAGUGGGUGGAGAUCUUUGAAUCAUGGCCGUUGAUUCCCGCCGUGACACGUGGCGGCAGUGUACUAGUCAAGGUUGCUUUCCGGGCAGCUGUUUUCGUCCCUCCAGAUGCAGGUGCGGCUCCUGCCGAGCCUCCUGCUCAGCCUCCUGCCGAGCCUCCUGCUGAGCCUCCUGCCGUGCCACCUGCCGAGCCUGCAGUGCCUGUGUCAGGAUUAGGAACUAGUGGGGAAGGUAGUUCAGGGGGAGGUGGCAUUCAGGGCUGGGAAUCUGCUGCAGUGGCAGCUGUAGGGUGGGCUGAUUUUGGAGAUUCAGCUACUGCUGGCACCUCUGCUGCCUCUGAUGUAUCUUCUCCUGUUGAGAGUUCUGAAGCUGGAGCAGCCAAUGACAGGCUGCCACGUGGCACCACAGCAGAGUCUGAAACCAGAGGGACCACUACUCAGUACUCGCAGAAGCACCUGAGCUCUGAGGUUCGGCGGCUGCUGUGGAGAUUCGGAGCGCUGGACCGGGACCACCCGUGGCUGCUCCCGGUCCUGCGGGACAGGCUCGGCAUCCCGAUCUUCGACCGGAGGUUCGUCGCUUGCUCCGAAGCACUCCGGUGCUGCGAGGAGGCUCGGAUAGGAGGCUCGGACAACACCCAUCACACCCAGCAGCAGCAGCAGCCGCAGCUGUCUCUGCAGCAGCUGGUGCUGGCUCGGCUGCUAGCAGUUAAAUCAUUUGAUCAACUUCCUCCCCCUGCUGCUCUCGCUCUAGCUCUCUCUCCUCAGGACUGUGACCACUUAGUCUCGUUCUUCGCCUCUCACGUCCGCUCGCCCUCCUCCUUUCUCCAGUCCCUCGCCAGCACCAUCUCCUCUUCUUCCUCCUCUCCCUCGCCCUACACCCCUCAAGAGCUCGCGCUUAUCCGCUCGCUCCCAAUCUUCAAAACCACCCUCGGGAAUUUCACAGCCAUUGACCCUGACUUGCACUGCGUCGCGCCACCUGUCGCAUUCUACCAACCAAAAGAUGCCACGUGUCUGCAGGACAGGGAUUCUCCCGGGGAGAAAGCCCUGCUGAGCUGUCUCGGCGUGAGGGUCAUCGACGAGGCGGAUGUUCUCGCGAAAUUUGCGCUGCCCGGAUUUGACGGGCAGGGCGAGGAGGAGAGGGAGAGGGUGCUGCAAUACGUGGUGCAGCAUUGGCAGCAGCUGAAGCAGAAGCCAGCCGUUGUGGACGCGCUGAAAGAGACAAAGUUUGUGAUACCAGCGCCGCCCGCCGCCGAUGCUGCCUCUCUCUUCCCUCCUCCUGAUUCCUUCCCUGCAAUCGCUCUCUCUGUUGCCGCUGCCACCUCAGCACCUCUCACCACCUCCUCCUCCCCCCACCCUUCCCACCCUCUCGACUCUUUCCCCUCCGCUUCAAUUUCUUCUGCCCGAGUUCGCCCGUGUGAUCUCCUCGACCCAGCCAACGACCUCCUCCGGCAAGUUUUCGUGCACUGCCCAGAAAGGUUCCCGGGCGGGCAGUUUGAAACUUCGCGGUGGCUGCCCGUGCUGCGGGACUGUGGCCUCCAAUCCGCCUUCACUCCUGACCUCUUCCUCCAAUGCGCUUCCGCCGUGGAAGCGCGGUACGUCUCCUUCCUGGAAUCUUCCUCUGCUGCUGCAGCAGCAGCUGCUGCAAACACUGCUGGUGGCGCAGCCGGUGUUGCUGCUGCUGGUGGCAACUCUGCAUCGGAUUCGUUUCUGCUGUUUGGGGGAGAGGACCCCUCUCAGGAGAGCGACACAGGGGACUUUGAGAAUGUGGAUUUGUUUUCGGGAGGCCGCACCACCGGUGGCAGCAGCAGCAGUGGUGGCCUGUCGAUUGCUGCUGGAGCAGCAACAGGAGGAGGGGGGGUGGUGGGAGGGGGCCCAGUGGUGGGGGUGGAGGAGGAGCUGUGGGUGGUGGCAGGGCGGCUGACAGAGGCGCUGCUUGCAAAUGUGGCGGUGGUGUUUGGCAGCAGUGCCAUGGAGUCACUGGGGCAGAUCAGGUUCAUUCCAGCAGAGCGGGGAAUACCAACAGGCGGGGCAGCGGUGGAUAGGCGGUGCCUCGCCAGCUAUGCUGCCUGCGUGGCGCCGUCUGAUUGGCCGCUCGCGUGGACGGCGGUGCCUGUGCUGGUGAGGGAGGCGUUUGUGCCGCCGCAGUUCACGUGGCUGAAGCUCAGCCUCAAGUCCCCGCCGCCUCUCUCCCUCGUUCUCACUCACCUCAAGGUCUUGGGUCGAGGGGGGGGAGAGGAGACCCUCGCCCGUUGGCCAAACAUCGUAGGAGGCAAGUCAGUGGAAGAAGCGUUUGAGCAGAUUUUCAAGUUCCUCGCCUCCCAUUGGUCCUCCCUCGACCCGCCCGACAUCCGCUCCUUAAAGCCCGUCUCGCUUGUCCCCGUCGCCAACGGCACCCGCCUCGUCCCAGCCUCGGCGCUCUUUGCCAGGCUCGGCCCGGACCUCGCGCCGUACCUGUUCGAGCUGCCUCGGCGGUUCCUGCCAUUCUCCCAGCUGCUGGUGGACCUUGGGAUGCACGACUCCCCCUCGCCCUCUGCCCUCUCCUCCUUCCUCUCUGCCUUGCACCGCUCUUCCGGAGGGCAGAGGCUCAACCCGAACGAGCUACGAGCUGUGCUCAGAAUCUUGAGACUCGUGUGUGAGGGAGAGGAGGAGAAUGGGGGAGGUGGAGGAAGAGGAGGAGCAGCAGGAACGCUGCCUUGUCGCUCUGCAGCGCUCUCUCCUCUCCUGGCUCACGCCGUGGUUCCGGACGAUUCGUGCCGGCUCGUCCCGGCCCAUUCCUGUGUGGUGGUAGACCCAGCUGCCGUUUUCCUAGCCAAUGAAAUCGACCCACGCUGCCUUCGUCUCGUGCACCCGCUCCUGCCGCCGAGCCACGCGGCCAGGCUCGGCAUCCCGAGCCUGUCGCAGGUGGUCGAGCAGGAGCUGGAUCCGAACCUGCUGAUGCAGCAGGUUGGCUCGGUCGGGGCAGCAUCUGCUACAGUAGCGUCUCUCCCGCACGUACUAUCUGCCGCCCUCAGCCAAUUCCUGGGCUCUCCCGUAUGCUUGCCUCUUGCCGCCCUGCUUGACUGCCCACCGAGCCUCCAACCGGGCCUCCGCCGAGCCUUGGCGCUCGGUUCUCCAGCAGCCCUGGUUUCUGCCACCUCUGGCAGCUCUAGAUCAGGUUCGGAAGCCGAAGGCGAAGAGGAGGGGCGUUUGGGUGCAGAACUAGCAACCUCAGGCUCGGAAGGGCAGGCUCGGAUGCCAAGCCUGUGGCAGCAGCGGGUGGCGGCGGAAAGGGGAGGCAUGCCUGGGGAGGUUGUAGCAGCUGCUGACGUGGCACUGCUACAGUGCCACCCACUGAGGCCGUUCCACGCAGGGGAGGUUAUAGCGUGGAGAGAGGAGCGAGGGGGAGGAGGCGGGGGGUUGCUAGCAGGCAAAUGGUUUGGGCAGGGGCAGGGGGCAGGAGGAGGAGGGGGAAGCAGUAGAGCAGCAGGGAGCACACUCGAUCCUGCCUCAUCCUCGCCCGCAGCACCCGCAUCCACGCUGCGCUAUGGCCGCGUGGUGGCGGAUGUGAGGGCGACAGCAGGCCAGGCGCUGUGCCGCGUGCAGGUGGAGACCUUCCCCAACGAGAUGCGCCUGCUGCUCUCCUCCUCCAUCCUCUCCUUCAAAUCCUCCACCUCCUCCUCUGCCUCUGCUGCAGCUGCUGCAGCAACGGCAGGGGCAGCAGGGGAAGAUGCAGCUCCCCCUGCCGCUGUUGCUGCCUCUCCAGGCUCGUUGGCUCUUCCUCCCACUUCUCUUGGUGAAGCUGCCAGCUCAGCAGCGACGUCGCCGCCAGCUGGCGCCAUGUCAGCGCCGUCGGUGGUCCCGCCUGGCGAGGUGGUGCGGGCUGUGAACGACAUGCUGGCGGCGGCAGGGAUCCCGCUGGGCGGCGGGCAGCAGCGGCUGCUGACUCAGCUGCUGACGAUGCAGGAACAGGUGGCGGCGGUGGAGGCCACGCUGGCACAUGAACAGGCACGGGCCGAGCAGGCGGAGAAGGAAGCGGAGUCGGCCAAGGCGGCCUGGACGUGCCGCAUCUGCCUCGCUGCUGACGUCAGCGCGGUGCUGGUGCCAUGCGGGCACGUGCUGUGCGCCAGCUGUAUUGCCAGCGUGCACCGCUGCCCCUUCUGCCGCUCCCACGUGGUGCAGACAGUGCGCCUCUUCAGACCAUAG